AUGGAGUAUCAGGUUGAAUAUACUUCUAACGAUUCUGCUAAAUCUGAGAAGGAGGCUUUUGUACAGAACUCGUAUAAUCAAACAAAUGGAAAAGGAAGGAGGAGAUUCCUUUAUGUUUUGUCCGUUGCAGCUAUAUGCCUUGUAGCAGGUUCUGCAUUUUACUUUACACGAACAGAAAAAACAAAUGAUGAUAACAAUAGCGAUGAUGUGAUUAUUAACACUUUGUUGAAAAGUCCAGGAGGAAAAAAAUUUAUUAUUUCCAAGUUAACCGAACUGGUUGCUUCAUAUGAUAAGGAAGGAAACCUCCAGGAGCAGAAACCAUCCAACGAAUUGAUUUCUUUUGUGGACAGAAAUGAAAAGAGUGAAGAAAAUUUCAGAAAACGUUUUGGAAAUUUAAAAAAUGGAAAGAAAAUUGUGGAUAUCAAUUUUGCCGACUCCAGAUUUUUGAUGACGAAUUUGGAAAAUGUAAAUUCAUUCUAUCUUUUUAUAAAAGAACAUGGAAAGAAAUAUCAAACACCAGAUGAAAUGCAACAGAGAUAUUUAUCUUUUGUAGAAAAUUUAGCAAAAAUAAAUGCACACAAUAAUAAAGAAAAUGUUUCGUACAAAAAAGGAAUGAAUCGUUUUGGAGAUAUGUCCUUUGAAGAAUUUGAAAAAAAAUAUUUGACCUUAAAAACCUUCGACUUUAAAUCAAAUGGUUUAAAAUCUACACAAUUGAUCAGCUACGAUGACGUAAUUAACAGGUACAAGCCAAAGGAUGAUAAGUUCGAUCAUACUAAAUACGAUUGGAGACUACACAGAGGUGUUACUCCUGUGAAGGACCAAGGGGAUUGCGGAUCUUGCUGGGCAUUUAGCACAGUAGGAGUGGUUGAAUCACAAUAUUUAAUCAGGAAAAACGAAUUAGUAUCCAUAAGCGAGCAACAAAUGGUAGAUUGCUCCUUACAAAACAAUGGCUGCGAUGGAGGUUUCAUCCCCCGUGCCCUUGAGGACAUCAUUGAAAUGAAAGGACUGUGCUCAACUGAAGCUUAUCCAUAUGUAGGAGAAGUUCCAGAAAAAUGCAAAUAUGAUAUGUGUGAUAGGAAGUACAAAAUUAAUAGCUUCUUUGAAAUUCCUGAAUUCAAAUUUAAAGAGGCUGUUAGGUAUCUUGGACCCAUAAGUGUGAAUAUAGCUGUAAGUGAUGAUUUUGCUUUUUACCAGGGAGGUAUAUUUAACGGGGAAUGUGGCCGUACGACGAACCAUGCCGUCAUUCUUGUCGGUUUUGGAGCUGAAGAUGUGUACGACUCUGAUAUGAAUACUACCAGGAAGCGCUACUAUUACAUUAUUAAAAACUCCUGGGGAGUUUCGUGGGGUGAAAGAGGAUUCAUUCGUAUGGAGACCGACAUAAAUGGGUACAGAAAGCCCUGUCUCCUUGGCCUGGAAGCCUUCGGUGUCCUCGUGGAGUAA